AUGAUCGGCACUGCCGUGUCGCGCGUGGCCAGCCUGUCGCCGCCGCUGCUGCCCCAUCGCACCACCUCCGCUCUCGCCGCCGCCGCCGCCAGCAGGACCCCGUGGCCAUUGGGCCUCAGAGCAGGCAGGCGCUCUUCAUCGUACCAGCCACCGACCCCGCCCAAGCAGGAGAAGUCCUCCACGUAUGCGAAUGCGCAAAGAGCUUUCUACCGCGACUUUGGCGCUCCUGUCGCAAAGGUCUUCCUCGGCGCGCUCGUCACCUAUCAGGUGUUAUACUGGGGCUGGCUGAAGCUUGAGACAUUGGAGACCAAAGAAGAGAAAACCGCGGAAAUGGCGUCGCUGGAGGCGCAGGUCAGGAAGGCUGCCGGCGCGAAGAAGGACGGCAAGUGA